AUGAAAGUCGGGAAGACGAUUUAUACCAUCACCAACGAAGUAGAAAACUCUGUGGUUGCACUGCCAAUUUCUCGUACCGGACUUUUGAAUUCAGGAAACUCAGUCAAAACUGGUGGUGCUGGCUCGAAUUUCUUUGACAGCGCAACCAACGGACCAGCAGCACCGGAUGCUCUGGCGUCUCAGUCAGCUCUAACUAUUGCGGGCAAUAGCCUAUUCGCGGUCAAUGCUGGAUCCAACACUCUAAGCAUGUUUGCAAUCAACCAGUCCGAUCCGACCAGACUCACAAUGGUUGGCCAACCUGUUGCAAUUCCAGCGCAGUUUCCCAAUACGGUUGCUGCAUCGGACAAGAACAAAAUUGUCUGCGUAGGAUCUUCUGGUGCUGUUUCAGGCAUUUCCUGUGCUGGCUUUUCUGAAACUGGCGUGGGUAGCAUGGACAUACUCCGUCCCGUCGAGUUGAACCAGACCACUCCACCAGCGGGGCCAACUAACACAAUUUCCCACGCAUUUUUCUCUAACGAUGAGAACACACUGUUUGCAACCGUAAAGGGAGAUCCGGCUAAGAACAACACUGGGUUUCUCGCCGCCUACCGGGUUCAAUUCAAUGAAGGCUGCAAAUCUGUCAGUCAUUAUGGUGUGCGCUCGUCGCCCAAUGGUACUGCGGUGCUUUUCGGCUCGUCCACUAUCCCUAAUAGCAACGACUUGUUCGUCACGGAUGCUUCAUUCGGCGGUGUCAUACUAUCACUCGAUGCCCAGAGCAAAGCUGCUGUCAAGGGGUCGGCGGCUGUGGAUGGCCAAAAAGCAACUUGCUGGGCUACCGUUUCCCCAGCGACGAACACCGCAUUCGUCACAGAUGUCGCAUCGAACAGACUAGUGGAGAUGUCGUUGAAGAAUGCGAGCGUAAUGAGCGUUAUAGAUCUCAGCGCAAAUGGAGACCCUGGAUUAACUGAUCUGAAGGCUGCUGGGAGGUUUGUCUACGCACUCAGCCCUGGCAAUGGCACGACACAGGCAGCCAUAACAGUAGUUGAUGCAGUUGGAAAAAAGCAAGUUCAGCGUUUUGAGCUUCAACAGUUCGGAGUGGGGAAGAAUGCUCAAGGAAUGGCCGUGUUGCUAUAG